AUGGGAGACUUCAACGGAAGAGUCGGAGAGAGAAGAACACCGUGGACAAAACACCUGGGUCCACACAGUGACCACAGAACACCAUGCAAUUAUAACGGCAACCAUGUACUGGAACUGUGUGCAGAGCACGACUUAUUCAUCACCAACACCUUCUUCCAGCACAGAGCCUGUCAGAUCUACACCUGGUACAGAUGGAACAACAUCAUGGUCUCAUCACAGAUCGACUUCAUAUUAACGAGAACACGAAUGCGGAUCACAAUCACAGACUCAAGAGCCAUCCCCAAUGCAGGCCUGGACACAGACCACAGGCCAAUCAUCACAACGUUGACCACCAAGAAAGAAAGAAAACCCAAAAAACAUAAAAGACAGUAA